AUGAAAUACGCUGCUUUUAAGAAUUCCAUGAGAUUCGCUGCGAGGUUUUACAAUGGCAAUAAUUACAAGCUUUACAUGAACAGCGUUCCUCAUUUUUCCACCUUCACCUUUGGAAAGCACUUAAAAACAAACCCCCUGACCAAUAGACUUGACGAUUUGCUGAAACGGAAUUCCACGUUGAUCAGCACAAUUAGUAUUAAUGGAUUGGACGACUUAAUUACACAAUCGUCAAAAAUUGAAUCGGUUUCAAUUGCAGAUUGGUUGAUUAACCUUGUGGAAGAAUAUCAAUUAAUUCUAUCACGUGUAAAUAUGACCACAAUAAGCAGUUGGUUUUCCAUUAGGAGCAUUAAUGAGUUGUCAACUUGA